AUGCCAUGUGAAGGCUUCGUGGAGAGAGACAAUAAGAGCACUGACACAGCCAUGGAGUUCCACCUGCUCGGCUUCUCCGAGCUCCUCUGUCUGCGGGUCCUCCUGUUCCUUAUCUUUCUCCUUGUCCAUUUGGUCACGCUGUCAGGGAAUGUGAUGAUCUUCAUGGCGGUGAUUAUGGAGCCUUCCCGUACUCCCAUGCUUUUCUUCCUCUGUCAGCUCUCUGUCAUUGAGCUCUGCUAUACUUUAGUCAUUGUCCCUAAGGCGCUCCUCAGCCUGAUAGUGGUGGAUGGCAGCACCUUUUCUUUCAUAGGCUGUGCUGCACAGAUGCACCUUUUUAUGGCACUUGGUGGGGCUGAAUGCUUCCUUCUGGUCGUCAUGUCGUACAACCGCUACGUUGCCAUCUGUCAGCCACUUCACUAUGCAGCUGUGAUGAGCGAGGGGCUCUGCCUCCGGCUGGCUGUGGCUUGCUCUGGAGGUUUUGCUGUUGCCCUGGUGUUGACAGUGGCUGUUUUCUGCUUACCUUUCUGACAGUCUCACCAUAUCAAUCACUUCUUCUGUGAUGUCCCUGCUGUGCUGCACCUGGCUUGUACACAGAGUUACACCCCUGAGCUGCCCUUGCUGGCUGCCUGCAUGCUCCUGCUGCUGCUCCCCUUCCUCCUAAUCCUGACCUUGUAUGUUUGCAUUGCUGCUGCUUUGCUACACGUCACCUCCUCCAUGGGAAGGGGCAAGGCCUUUUCAACCUGCAUUUCACACUUGGCCAUCACCUUGCUACACUAUGGAUGUGCCACCUACAUGUACAUUCGUCCUAAGUCCAGUUACUCGUCAGCUCAAGACAAGAUGGUGUCUCUGGUCUACACCAACGUUACUCCGUUACUGUAUCCCCUCAUUUAUAGCCUGAGGAACAAGGAAUUCAGAGGGGUCCUCAGGAAAAUGUUGAGGAGGAAGAAAAUAGCUCAGCUGAACUGGGAUACUAUCAGAGCUGAGGGAGGUGUGUGUGGUAAGUUUUAG